AUGAAAGAGAAAAUUUUUACUGACAAAAAAAACCUUGUAAAUCUUACAGAUUGUAUUUUGCGAGUUAACUCAGCCGAUCCAACCGUGACACACCUAAUCCGCCCAACCCAAACCCACACAAGCUAAUAUGGGAGAUAACCUUAGGCUUCGAACUUCGAAGUUAACAUUGUAGUGGAGGGGUAAGUUGUUAAAUGGUAACUUGGUAAAGCCCACCAACCACCCAACCUUAAUAAAGCCUUGCAUUGCUAGAUUCAAAUGUAGGAGCGAAUCCCGUGGUGGAAGUAAGUAGGAAAAGCCAACUCUACAAGGUGAAGGCUAGAAGCCUAGAACUAGAUAAUCAAUAAUCAUACUAGGGAGUAGAGAGAGAGAUGGCCGGUUAAGUAGCUCCCAAGGUGUCACCAUGUGAUGUUCCCCAUAUUCUAAAACCGCCACUUUUAAUUAAUUAGCAUCACUUGUUAGGGUAUCUCUAGACCACCUUAGUUUUCUUUAAUCUCACCGCCCACACCCUUAAUCACAACAUUACUACUUCCCCCCACCCCCAACUUAAGAGAUGAACAAAAACAUAAGAGAGAGAGAAAAAAUUGAGGAUCAAAAUUUUAUUUGAUUUAUUUUCAAUUUUAGCCCUCGUAUGAAGUUGUGUAUUAGUUUCCAGUCCGAUUGUUGAAAAUUUGGUCGAAAUCAGUGGUGAUUGGACUCUGAUCCUUACUUAGUCGUUCUUGAUGAUUCGAAGGUUACAAAAGCUUAAAAUGUAGGCUUACAAACAACCGGUAAUAAAUUCACUUGAUUUUUCUAUUCUCAUGAUGUUGCGUUGUUUUGAGGGUUAAUCAUCAUAUGCGCAGUCGAGGGUCGAAAUAUGAAUGUACAAUAUACAGACAGGUUAGUAAGGAAAUGUAGAAUAGACACAUGUACGUUGCCCUAUUAACAAAUUUUAAUAAAAUGAUUGCAUACAAAUUAACAAUGGCAGAUCCAAAAAUCUUAGUGAAGAACGCCCGUAGAGAUGAAGCUCGGGCUCAGCGUACUUGAAUCAUGAUAAUCUUGUAGGUGGCAAUGUCUUAUGGACUAUUCUAUUCCACAAAUUCAUAGAUAGUUAAUUUUACAUGUAUAUUAACUCUAGUUUAGAAGUUUAUCCUUGUCAUAACGUGAUGAGUGUGAUACUUUCGUCAUACCCUAACAUAAAGAUAAGUUCACUAUGUGUAAAACCAAGGUAGUAUGGGUACUAGAGAGUUUUUUUUUUUUUUUUUUUUUUUGAAAAAUAGGGUACUAGAGAGUCAUUAGUCACUUUUAUGUACUUUAAAUCCUCAAUAAAGGGUUUUUAUUUUUUUCAUUAUAAUAUUAUGAUCAAUAAAGGCACUCUCUGUCUCUCUUGUCUCUCAUCUCUUUCAUUUUAUUUUAAAAAUUUCCCCCUCUAUUUGCUUUAUAUACUUCCAAAGUCCAAUGCACCCAGCUCUCCUCUCCAAACCCCACUUCUCACUUCUUCCCACUCUACUCUCCAAAAACACCCAUCCCCUCCUUCCUUCCUUCCUUCACCUCAAUCAAAAUAUUUCCCAGAAAAGAAAAAAAAAUUACUGAAAUGGUUUCUCUGGAAACAGUCCAACCAGUAACGAACAGAUCCACCGCCAUGGAUAAUCAAACGACAUCAAGCCCCAGAAUCUCAUUCUCCGCCGAGUUCCUCGACGAGAACAAUUUCAUCUCCAUCAGCCCCAACCACCACCACCGCCCCAACAACGAAUCAGAAAAUCAGAAGCCUCCGCUAUCGCCGUCUCCAAUUCGAACCGCCGCCUCCGCCGCCGCGGAUCUUCAAUUCGAGUUCCUAUCCAACAGCGGGCCGACGGCGGGGCACUCCAAGAUGCUGACGGCAGACGAGCUCUUCUUCGAAGGCAAGCUCCUCCCGUUCUGGCAAAUGCAGCAGUCGGAGAGGCUCAACAAAAUCAGCCUCAAAUGCCACGAGGACGCCGAGAAUCCGGCGGUGGCGAGGGCGGGCAAGGAGGACGCGCCGCCGACCCCGACGGCGACGAGGGCGGUGAACUGGUUCGUGGACGACGAUCCGUCGCCGCGGCCGCCGAAAUGCACGGUCCUGUGGAAGGAGCUGCUGAGGCUGAAGAAGCAGAGGCCGGCGUCAUCGCUCUCGCCUUCUUCGUCUUCCUCCUCCACUUCGUCGUCUUCCAGCUCGCUCGCCGACGCCGCCGUCGCGGCGGCCGAGGAGAAGAAGGAAGGCAAGAGCGGUCGUUCUGAUUGUAAUAACAAAAAAAUUAGCAGCAAAGAGGGGAGUAAUAAUAACAAUCAGGUGAAGAGGGCGGCGAAGAAAGGGCUGGAGAGGACGAGAUCGGCGAGCAUUCGGAUUCGGCCGAUGAUUAAUGUCCCGAUUUGCAGCCAGAUGAAGAGCACGGCUCACAGCAGCGCAUUGCCGCCAUUCUUCCCGAUUAAGAAGAACAGAGUAGUAGAGAGAUGAAUGCAGAGAGAGAGAGAGAGAGAGAGAGCAAGAGAAAUUUCAAAUUUGUGUAUGGAUGGUUGGUUAUUGUAGGAUUUUGGUUUUGUCCAAUAAUUUUUAGUUUUUCUUCUCUUUUGGGGGAGUUUGAUCCAAAUUUGUUUCUAUUUUGUCAAUUUUAUGUGUUUGUGGUGGUUGAAGCUAUAGAGUAAUGUUUGAUGUGGAUCUGAGUGUGGGAUUAAUAUAAUAUAAUGUAAAUUGCUGACAUUUUACUGCAAAAUGUUGCCAUAGCAAGUUGUUUAUUAGACUAACGUUGUUGGAUCGUGCUCUUUUUUAAAUCAAUCGCUUGUUAAGUGUGGUUUCGAUGUAUAGAAAAAUUGUCAUCGAAUGUAAAUGAAUCAUUCAUAUCAUU